AUGGCAAAGGAUGCUAUUACUUUGUUGGAUCAUUUAGGUUGGAGAAAGGCACAUGUUUUUGGCCACUCUAUGGGGUCUAUGAUAGCUUGUAAAUUAGCAACAAUGGGUCCUGAUAGAGUUCUUUCAUUGGUGUUGCUCAACAUGAUAUGUUUUUCAUUUAGUCCAAAGCAUAUAUUGCCGUUCGCGAUUUCUCAGGUUCUAUUUCUGCAAAUAUCGGAUCAUUUGUUGCUGGUGCACACCAGAAUGUGA